AUGAAAACAAUAUUUAUUUAUCCAGUGUCCUACGUUUUUUUAUGGAUAUUUCCUUUGAUAGUUCAAGCUGUGAACUUCAGAUACACCCAUGCCCAAAAUAAACCAAUAGUUUGGCUAAGUUCAGUUUCUGCGUUUAUGAAAGCAUUCAAUUGUACUAUUGAUACUAUUGUAUUUUCAAUAAGAGAAAGGCCGUGGAAGAUUAUAACAAGUGAAGUAGAUACUUCACCAACUGAGAGAUAUACAUAUUCUCGUUGGAGACAUUUCAUAUCUUUUCUACCCCUAUUUUCGUUACCCAAAUCAUAUAAUACCCAACAGUCAGAACUUAAUUAUUUGGCAGACCUUUCAUUAAAUAAUUCUUUCAGUGGUUCCAGCUUUCAUGACUACUCAAAAAUUCUUUCGGAUACUCGUCAUAUGGACGUCGACACGACAAAGUUAGCACAUAACAAACUUAAUACUACUAAGAACGCUGAUUCUAUAUCGCCUAAUAAGCAUUUGCAAGAUGAUAAUUUAGAAAAGAGGUAUGAUUCGGAACAUAAUAAUUCUGACAAAGAAGUGCCUGAUGAGAUGGAUUUCCUGGAAUUCUUAAAAAUGGGACCAAUACGGUAG